AUGCAACGUACAGAAUUAAUUAUUUUAUUUUUACUUCAUUCGUUUAUUUUAAUAAUUGGAAAAGAAUGUAUUAUAUCUGAAGAUGAUUUAAAAACUCUUAUUUGUUCAGAUAAUCAAUACAUAACUUCAAAUUUAACAUAUUAUCUUUCAACAUUUUCAAAUAUUACUCAAUUAUCAAUAAUGCAUUCAUAUUUAACUGCAAUGCCAGAUUUAUAUAAUAAUAGUCAAGUAAUAACAUUACAUUUAGAUAACAAUCAUAUAGAGUUAAUAACUGAAAACUAUUCGUCAAUUGAAUAUCUUUAUUUAACAUCAAAUCAUAUAUAUACAUUACAUCAAACAAAUUUACAUUAUCCUAAAUUAAAACUUCUUGAUUUAAGUUAUAAUCCAAUUGAACAUAUAAUACAAAAUUUUUUUACUGAACAACAAUUUCCACAAUUAAAAAUACUUAAACUUACAAAUGCUUUAAAAUAUAUCAAUCCAUAUAUACUCGAUAAUAGAUUAAUAUCAUUUUCUCCAUUAAAAUAUUUAAAUGAAAUUUAUUUUGAUGAAAAUGAUCUAGAAGAAUUCUCUUGUUCAAAAACUCCAACGUAUAUUCAAUGGAAUUUACCAAUAAAUUUAAAGAAAAUUUCGUUAGCAAAAAAUAAAUUAAUUUCAUUUGAUACGAAUUGUUUUUUACAAAUAUUAAAUAUAACUGAACUUGAUUUACAUUCAAAUUUAUUUAAGAAUUUUUCGAAUUCUACUCUUACUCUACCACAUUUAUCUAAACUUCGACUUGAUUAUAAUUUAUUUGCAAAUAUUCCAUCGAAUUUACUUUAUUUAUCACAACAAUUAAAUGAACUUGAUUUAUCAGCAAAUCCAUUAAAAUUAAAAGAAAUGAAAUCAAGAAAACAAUAUGUAUUUCCUCCUAGUUUAAAAAUUUUAUAUCUUAAUUUAACAACAAGUGAUCUUUCAUGUUUAUUAUUCGAAAAUCUUAUUGAACUUGAACAAUUGCAUUUAGUAAACUUAACAACAACGAAAUUAAAGAAUUGUAUCUUUAAAAAACUAACUAAACUAAAAACGCUUAAUUUAAGUAAUCAUCAUUUGAAAACAAUCGAUGAACAAGUAUUUCGACCAUUAUUAUCUCGAAAACACCUUGAUAAACUUGAUAUAACUAGUCAUUUUCUCUAUUGUAAUUCAUGUUCUCUACGUUGGCUUAAUGAAUUUUUAAAAUCUCAAAAUACAACUCAAGUGAAUUGUCUUGAUCAACAAAACAAACAGAUUCUAUUAAAUACAUUAGAUGUAUCACGAUGUCGAUCAUCGUAUGGAAUUUUUAUAACGACAGUGCUCGUUUUAUUUUCAACAGUAUUUCUUUUAUGCAUUAUAUUAUUAUUUUAUACAUGUAAACAUCGAAAACUUCGAUUUUCAAACUUUCAACCUGUUUAUCAUAUGGUACCAUUACAACAUUAUGAGGAUCGUAUUUAUCAAAAUACAACGGAAGAUAUGACAAAUGAUAAUGUUAUGCUUGUUACUUGA